AUGGGUAAGCGAAAGAAGUCGAGCAGGCAGCCCCAACAAACACGAAAGAAAGAACCACUGCCCACCACAUUUGCAUGUCUGUUUUGCAACCACGAGAACUCGAUCAUAGUAAAACUGGACAAGAAGCUUGGUCUGGGAAACCUCACUUGCAAAGUGUGCGGGCAACGAUUUCAGACAGGAAUCAAUUACCUCUCUGCCGCCGUUGACGUGUACUCGGACUGGGUGGAUGCUUGUGAUGCGGUUGCCAAAGACACUGCCCAUAGAUACGAAGAAAAUGAUGCCCGCGCCGGACACACAAAUGACUUCAGUGCUUCACCUAGUGCUCGAAACCUGAAUACCGAUGAUGUGGAUCCUGGUGAAGAAUAUGCUGAUGAUUACUGA